GGCCCUCCCCCAACUGCUAUUUCAGUCUCCUGCCAGCUGCCGGCGGCUCAUUCGGGAAGGAGGAGCAGGGAGCCAGGCCCAGAGCUGUCACCCGGAGCUGGGAGGGAACACACAGAGCCCGCCAGCCUGCCUGCCCGCCGAGCUCCCCUUCCUGUCCCCUGAGUGCCCAGCCAGACCCCAGUUCCUGGGAACGGAGGCCGGGCCAGUGGCCGGUGCCCCUCUGGGGUGAGCUAGACUGCAGCUCCAGGGCCUCUGGGCCCCUCCUGCUUCUGCUGCCUCUAGGAGCGCCUGGCCCGGAUGAAGCGCCUCCCCGCAGAGCGGGUACCCGCCGCCGCUGCAGCGGCCUGAGGGAGCCCCGGAGCAGUGUGGACUGUGCCGGCACCUUCCCCCCAGCCGGUUCCCCGCCUCGGGCGGCCCCUCCCUGGCAUGCUGCUGGUGCCCAAGGCGCAAGGGCUGGUGGAGAUGUUGCAGACCAUCUACGAGACAGAAUCCUGUUUCUCGGCAGAUGGCACAUCAGGCCGGGAACCACCCUUGGAGAUUUUGCCGCGGACUUUGCACAGCAUCCCGGUGGCAGUGGAGGUGAAGCCAGUGCUGCCAGGAACCAUGCCCAGCUCCCUGGGUGGCGGGGGCGGAGGCAGCCCGAGCCCGGUGGAGUUGCGGGGUGCUCUGGGCGGCCCUGUGGACCCUGUGCUGCGUGAGCAGCAGCUGCAGCAGGAGCUUCUGGUGCUCAAGCAACAGCAGCAGCUGCAGAAGCAGCUACUGUUUGCUGAGUUCCAGAAGCAGCACGACCACCUGACCCGGCAGCACGAGGUCCAGCUGCAGAAGCACCUCAAGCAGCAGCAGGAGAUGCUGGCAGCCAAGCGGCAGCAGGAGCUGGAGCAGCAGCGGCAGCGGGAGCAGCAGCGGCAGGAGGAGCUGGAGAAGCAGCGGCUGGAGCAGCAGCUGCUGAUCCUGCGCAACAAGGAAAAGAGCAAAGAGAGCGCCAUCGCCAGCACCGAGGUGAAGCUCCGGCUCCAGGAAUUCCUCUUGUCAAAGUCAAAGGAGCCCACGCCAGGCGGUCUCAACCAUUCCCUCCCACAGCACCCCAAAUGCUGGGGAGCCCAUCAUGCUUCUUUGGACCAGAGUUCCCCUCCCCAGAGCGGCCCCCCAGGGACGCCCCCUUCCUACAAACUGCCUUUGCUCGGGCCCUAUGACAACCGUGAUGACUUCCCUCUACGAAAGACAGCCUCUGAGCCCAACUUGAAAGUGCGUUCGAGGCUAAAACAGAAGGUGGCCGAGCGGAGAAGUAGUCCCCUCUUGCGUCGCAAGGACGGGACUGUUAUCAGCACCUUCAAGAAGAGGGCGGUUGAGAUCACGGGCGCUGGGCCUGGGGUGUCGUCUGUGUGUAACAGUGCUCCUGGUUCCGGCCCCAGUUCCCCCAACAGCUCACAUGGCACCAUUGCCGAGAACGGCUUCACCGGCUCAGUGCCCAACAUCCCCACCGAGAUGCUCCCCCAGCACCGGGCCCUCCCUCUGGACAGCUCCCCCAACCAGUUCAGCCUCUACACGUCUCCCUCUCUGCCCAACAUCUCCCUAGGGCUUCAGGCCACGGUCACUGUCACCAACUCACACCUCACCGCCUCCCCGAAGCUGUCGACGCAGCAGGAGGCCGAGAGGCAGGCCCUCCAGUCCCUGCGGCAGGGCGGCACGCUGACGGGCAAGUUCAUGAGCACAUCAUCCAUCCCAGGCUGCCUGCUGGGUGUGGCGCUGGAGGGUGACGCUGGCCCCCACGGGCAUGCCUCCUUGCUGCAGCACGUGCUGCUGCUGGAGCAGGCCCGGCAGCAGAGCGCCCUCAUCGCUGUGCCGCUCCAUGGGCAGUCCCCACUGGUGACAGGGGAACGUGUGGCCACCAGCAUGCGGACAGUGGGCAAGCUCCCACGGCACCGGCCUCUGAGCCGCACACAGUCAUCGCCACUGCCGCAGAGUCCCCAGGCCUUGCAGCAGCUCGUCAUGCAGCAGCAGCACCAGCAGUUCCUGGAGAAGCAGAAGCAGCAGCAGCAGCUGCAGCUGGGCAAGAUCCUCACCAAGACAGGGGAGCUGCCUAGGCAGCCCACGACACACCCGGAGGAGACUGAGGAAGAGCUGACGGAGCAGCAGGAGGCCUUGCUGGGGGAGAGCACUUUGACCAUGCCCCGUGAGGGCUCCACGGAAAGUGAGAGUACCCAGGAGGACCUGGAGGAGGAAGAGGAGGAGGAGGAAGAGGAGGAUUGCAUCCAGGUCAAGGAUGAGGAGGGCGAAAGCGGCCCCGAGGAGGGACCUGACUUGGAGGAGUCCAGUGCUGCUUACAAAAAGCUCUUCACAGAUGCCCAGCAGCUGCAGCCUCUGCAGGUGUACCAGGCACCCCUCAGCCUGGCCACUGUGCCCCACCAGGCCCUGGGCCGCACCCAGUCCUCACCUGCUGCUCCUGGGAGCAUGAAGAGCCCCCCAGACCAGCCCACUAAGCACCUCUUCACCACAGGUGUGGUUUACGACACGUUCAUGCUGAAACACCAAUGCAUGUGUGGGAACACACACGUACACCCUGAGCACGCCGGCCGCAUCCAGAGCAUCUGGUCCCGGCUUCAGGAGACGGGCCUGCUCAGCAAGUGUGAGCGCAUUCGGGGGCGCAAAGCUACACUGGAUGAAAUCCAGACAGUGCACUCCGAGUACCACACUCUGCUCUACGGGACCAGCCCCCUCAACCGGCAGAAGUUGGACAGCAAGAAGCUGCUGGGUCCCAUCAGCCAGAAGAUGUAUGCCAUGCUGCCUUGUGGGGGCAUCGGGGUGGACAGUGACACCGUGUGGAACGAGAUGCACUCGUCCAGUGCCGUGCGCAUGGCCGUGGGCUGCCUCGUGGAGCUGGCCUUCAAGGUGGCUGCGGGCGAGCUCAAGAAUGGAUUUGCCAUCAUCCGGCCCCCAGGACACCACGCCGAGGAGUCUACCGCCAUGGGAUUCUGCUUCUUCAACUCGGUAGCCAUCACAGCCAAACUCUUGCAACAGAAGCUGAACGUGGGCAAGGUCCUCAUUGUGGACUGGGACAUUCACCAUGGCAAUGGCACUCAGCAAGCAUUCUACAAUGACCCCUCCGUGCUCUACAUCUCCCUGCAUCGCUAUGACAAUGGCAACUUCUUUCCGGGCUCUGGGGCUCCUGAAGAGGUUGGUGGAGGACCAGGCGUGGGGUACAAUGUGAAUGUGGCAUGGACGGGAGGUGUGGAUCCCCCCAUUGGAGAUGUGGAGUACCUGACAGCCUUCAGGACAGUGGUGAUGCCCAUUGCCCACGAGUUCUCACCUGACGUGGUCUUAGUCUCUGCUGGGUUUGAUGCCGUUGAAGGACAUCUGUCUCCACUGGGUGGCUACUCUGUCACCGCCAGAUGUUUUGGCCACUUGACCAGGCAGCUGAUGACACUGGCUGGGGGCCGGGUGGUGCUGGCCCUGGAGGGAGGCCACGACUUGACCGCCAUCUGUGAUGCCUCUGAAGCCUGUGUCUCGGCUCUGCUCAGCGUGGAGCUGCAGCCCCUAGAUGAGGCAGUCUUGCAGCAAAAGCCCAACACUAACGCAGUGGCCACGCUGGAGAAAGCCAUCGAGAUCCAGAGCAAACACUGGAGCUGCGUGCAGAGGUUUGCUGCUGGUCUGGGCCGCUCCCUGCGAGAGGCCCAGGCAGGUGAGACGGAGGAGGCCGAGACUGUGAGCGCCAUGGCCUUGCUGUCAGUGGGGGCAGAGCAGGCCCAGGCUGCCACCGCUACCCGGGAGCACAGUCCCAGGUCGGCAGAGGAGCCCAUGGAGCAGGAGCCCACCCUGUGACACCCCAGCCCCCAUCCCUCUGGGUGUCAUCAUUGUGAUUUUGUUUAUUUUUUCUAUUAAAAACAAAAAGUCACACAUUCAA